AUGCAUCGUGUGUCAACCUUCCAGCCAGUAUUUCCAGCCAGCAGGUAUGCUCAAGAGCUGCACAAACGAUUGGAGAAGCAGCCUCGGUGGCCCUUCGGACAAGGGGCACUGCAGAAGAUACAGCUUGAGGGGCAGCAGAGGUCGAAGCUGGAUGAGACACAGAUGGCGCAGCAGCAGCAGCAGCAGCAGCAGCAGCAGCAGCAGCAGCAGCAGCAGCAGCAGCAGCAGCAGCAGCAGCAGCAGCAGGAGCCAAUUCAGCAGCAUCAGCAGCAGCAGAAAAAUAAUCAGCAGGAGCAACAAGACUUGCAUGGAUACGGCAACACAGGGAAGUGCGGUGUUCAUACCUUGGAGCAUGAUUCCUCUAGGGGAAUCAACGGCUACGAGACUGGUGAUGCUGGCAGCAGUGGAGGAGAUGUUGGAAUGCAGGAGUCUGCAGCAGAGGCCCAGCCUAGCACAGACCAGCUGUGUGCCACUCAGCCUAGUGGUGACCAGCAUUAUGCUACCCAGCCUUGUGGUGAGCAGCUGGAUCUGCAGCAGCAUAUCAUGGCAGACUUGACCCUUCCUCUUCCUUCUCCCUCAGCGGAUCCGCUGUUGGUCCUGAGAGAUGCUGAGCACUCUGCAUUUGCACCCUGGCGCCUCAUCUCCCCACCUUCACACAUCGAGGGAGCACUCUUUCAUAGUUUUGAGAAUCAUGCCUCUGCCGCCCCAGUCAUGGCACCUUUGGAAGCAACAGGUGCAGGUUUGGAGGGUGGGGGGCAGGCUACUGAUGCAGGAGGGUUGUUGUAUACAGGGGAUGGGGAUUUCAGACAUGUGGGGGCAAUCACCCCUGCUGGUGCUGGAAGCUACACCAUUGAUGCGCUAGAGAGGUUCUUGAUGGAUAAUGGGGAACAUAGGGAAUAG